UCGAAAAAUGAAGAGAAUGACACAUUGUUCGUUGCUAUCCAAAAUGUUGAACAAUGAUCAGUAAAAUUAUAGUUUUCUCGUUCAUGCAACAACACAAGAACAAAAAUUGAUGAAAUGUCCGAAAAAAAACCAUUAGAUUCCGAAUACGAGUGGAUUGUUCGAAUCUGUACGAACGCUUUCAACAUAUACCUAACGAUGAUACAUUUUAUAUUUUAUGACAACACUUUGAACUUGCAAUCACAAAACUCUGAAAUCUCGCUCUUGUCGUACACACUACUCAUGACAGCGUUGGAUCUUUUCGCGUAUUGUGUUUUCCAAUAAAUUGAUACAAAUUGCAGGCGAGAGAAAAUAAGGAAAAAUCAUGAAUAUAUCAUCAACAAUGCAUAUGUCCCAUGAUACAGAAGAGAAUAGAAAUGGUUUUUGUUUCUUGUUCAGGAUCUCGUAGACGAAAAAAGAAAAAAUCUCAAAGAUGCCACCGACGCGACAUAUCGCACGACGCAGAAGAGAAGGAAAUGAGAAUUACAAAAACCAAAGAGAGAAACAAAAAUCUAAUUUCCACUCAUAAUUGUAAAAGCAAAAGCGGUGUGCGCGACUCUGGAAAGGAUGAACAGACUGGAAAGGAUGCUGGCGGUGUCCAAGGAUAUCAGGAGCGCAUAAAGCAGUCAGAGCGUCAUCCUUGCAAUUUCGCGCUCUUUCCGACGUCACGAACCACCUCCUACGGUCUCCUAUUCCCCUGUCGAAGGGACGCCGAAUCGAGCGAUUGAUCCUGUCUGCGACGUGGUUAUUGACGAUCGAGAAUCAGUUGGUUUCUUUCUUUUCUGCACAAACGCGUCUUGAUCGAAUCGGCCGUGUUAAUCGUUCAAUUAGUUACUCAAUUAAUCAGUCAGAUAUAAUCGCGAAUCUGCACGGUAUCGCUUUUUCUCACACCGCUUCACUGCUCGCGGUUAUUAUCGGAAUUUAAAAAAAAAAUACGGGGCUAACCCAGUAACGCGAUUUUAUCGCUUGAUGAAUUAAAAAAUUCAGAUAAAAUUGAAUAGAAGAGAAGAACGCGAACACGAUAGUCGCACGGUGAAAAUAAUGCGAGAGAAAAAGAGAGUAGUUAAAGCUUGUUUACCAUCUGUCUCACAAUCAGAUUGUGACAUCUGAAACAAGAAGA